ACUGUAUUCUAUAUAGUUGAUUUGCAUAACGCAUAGAGAUCUGCUCUUUAUGAAAAGAUGCUUUCCUUAUGUGUUCAAGUGUUUGCCGUGCUGGUUGUCUGUGCAGCCGACACUGCGAACAGAGAUAUUUCAUAUAUGUUCAGAGCUUGGAAUAUGGUUGACCAGCCUUUGCAGGAACAACUUGCUGUUGUGUAUAAGGAGAUGGAAAGCUUGAAACAUGAACAAGCAGUAAUGAAACAAAAGCAAGAAGCCUUGAGCAAGGCAUUAACACACUGUUCACAAAAGCCUACUGAUACAGACGUGGAGAUGAAUUUGACAUCACUGCAAACAGGCAGCAGCCAUUUGCUGUAUACCCUCACCCAGGAUGGAGAUGAAGGCUCUGGUGAGGAUGACAGUGAUAAGUCCUCUGACCCCUGCUAUCACUAUACCAUGCUGGACCAUGCCUGGAGAGCCACAAACUACACCACCAAGAAUGUUGUUUGUGACCGUCAUGUCCAGUGGAAGGGCUGGUACCGUCUCUUCUACCGUGGGAAACCCAUCCAGAUGCCUGAGAGGUGUGUGAGGAAAGAAAUGUGUGGCACGCACGCUCCGCUAUGGCUCGUUGGCGGUCAUCCCCGGAGACGAGAUGGGGUGGUCACCCGCAAAUUGUGUGGAAACUGGAAAAACAACUGCUGUUUGUACAAAUCUCCUCCCAUUCAAGUGAAAGCAUGUAGGGGAAACUACUACGUCUAUAAGUUUGUCAAACCCGUAGCUUGCCAUUUGGCAUACUGUGCAGAUAUUAACACACUUGUCUGUGGAAAGUGCAGAAAAUCUGAGUCUUGCAUCAGCAGAGACCAAAUCACCUGGAUGUGUAAGAAAAACAAAAGAGUGAAAGCAAACGUCCAUUUUUUUGUCACCUACCCGGCCAGCAUCUCAGGAAAAGUGAACAGGAUAAUGUACAGGAAAGUGUAUGUGAAUCAAGGAGGGGCUUUCAGCACUCGCACCGGGAUAUUCAGAGCUCCGGUUUCUGGAGUCUAUCAGUUCUUCUACUCCUCACAGACUGGGGGCAGUGGGGCAACUGAUCUAUGGCUGGUUGUAAAUAAUUACUGGGUGGCUGUGUCCCAUAGCAAUGUUCAGGGCUCCAGCUCAUUUGGGAAUCUAUCUACCUACAUGACGACUCUGCGCAAGGGUUCUAUUGUUUAUGUGACCCACAACCGUGGCCGCUCUUGGGCAAAUAAUGCAUCCAACACCAUAGUUUUUGGGGGUUCAUUGCUUAUGGUGAGAAAAAUCUAAGGGAAUGUAAGUGUCAUCUGAAGCAAAAUUGGAAACGUUUAUAGUUUAAUUAGAGGCCAAUUUAAUAGUACCAAUUAGUUGGUUUGACAUACAUAAAAUGUACAAUGUUAAAACAUGUUCUGCUAGUUCUGAUUAUAUAUUGCUUUAACUAUUUUUAAACAUGUGUCUUGCUAAGCGAUUUAUUCCAAAUGCAAAUGCCCUUAUAUAUAUAUAUAUAUAUAAUACACAUAAUAUUUAUGAAUUCUACAAUAAUAAUAGUGUAAAAGAAAACAAUAUUUGUUCUCUUGCUGAAAGAAUCCAUUGCUGGAAUAUAUAUUUCAAAUUAAAAUACUGCUUUUUUUCAUAUAAAAAUGCCAUGAAAUAUUGUGUCUUGUGUAUAAGAAAAUAAAAUUUGUAAUUAUAUUUAAAUGUACAUUUUAUAUUACUAAGUAAUAUUGUUCAAUAAAUAUUGCUUUUAUAAUAUUACAUUAAAAAUAUAUAUUUUUAUUUAAAUGUAAUUAUAAUAUUGUAUUAUAAUAAUAACAAUAAUAUACAAUACACAAUUUUUAAAUCGAUUAAAAUAUAAAUAUUUUUAACAAAUAUUGUUUGUAAAUAAUUUUGUUUUCUUUUUUACUAUUGUUAUUGUAGAUAACUUUGGUAAACUAUUAUAUACGUGUUAGGAAUAAUAUUGUCCCAAUCUCCUAGAGACACAGGUGGGGGCAGCAGAGUCAUCUCACUGUGUUUAAUCAGGGAGGAUUUCACUUUGCCACAGCUGAACUGAGCAACUUGAAGCCAUCUUCAGUUGUCAUUAAACUUAAGCAACUCCUCCUCAUGUCUUGAGGUCGAUAUAGACACGUUGACAACCAGCCCCCAAAUCAUGUACGAAACAGAUGAAUGUGUUUUAU